AUGAGCCACCACCGACAUUCCUACAGCCGUGGUAACGGUCGUACGUCUGUAUUCAAUCGUUUGGGAAGAAGACGUCAGGAUUACAACCCGAGCUAUCACUCAUCCACCUUUGACGAUCCCUACCUUGAUGACGAUCAGCACGAUGAGUACGCCUCGUCCCCGUAUGAAUAUCAACCCUAUGACAGCUAUAUGGAAGACGAAGAUGACCAUGUCGAUACGAUGCCUCCUCGAUAUGGUGGUUAUCGUCAGCAGCAGCGCUAUCAUGGUUAUCGUAGCAAUUACCACCGUUAUGAGCCAUCACCAUCCCCUCCACCAACGACAAGGUCGACAAAGCGAGUUGGAAGUUACUCACCAAGCGAAAUCAUCAUCACUGCACCAUUGGGUGGAGGAAGAAUCAUAUCCAAGGGAGAACAAUCUUCACAUCCACAAAUGCUGACAGCCUCUUUUACUCCCUCUCCUUCAACAACACCUGGCUAUGAUAGUGCUGUACCAGCUCACAUUUCACCACCACAAACGACAGCAGCAGUAUGGUUAAAUCAACAAUCACAUCAGCAGCAACCUCCCUAUUCGAAUGGAGCACCCAUGGAACAUCAUCAUCCAUAUCCAGUGAUCGAGACAAGCCAUCCACCACCUAUGAUCAGCCAACCAUUAGUUUCGCAACAUCAUGAGCUCCCAUCUCCAACUACUACCCGGUACUUGAACGGUUCGGAGCUAAACCAGAUUGCCAUGACAACCCAACAAAAGCCAUCACCACGACGUGGUGGUGAUAGUUAUAUUCCCAAGUACUCACGCCAAUCACAUGAUGAACCUCGUCCCAGCAAGAAACAACGCGUUGAAACCACCAAAUCAAAGCACACUGCAAAAAAUGAUACGUCCAAAGCAACAUCGGCACAAAAACCGACAACGAAUGUGACACCCAAAGUGCGCCCUGAAAAGUCUUCACCACCAAAGAAGCAAGCACCAUCUACAAAGAAUAGCACUAGUACGACCUCAAGCAGCAAAGGGAAAUCACCAUCGUCACGUGUUGAUGAAAAGCCGGCAACCCAAUCGAUGCCCCCUAAGGCAUCUUCUGAAUCGAAUAAGAAGAAGGCAGCAGCAGCAGCAGACACAUCAAAAUCCAAGAUGUAUCCAUCUCAAUCACAGCAACCUGCUGAAAGAAAGAACGAGAUGUCACCAUCUGGGGAAUCAGUGAUCUCUAUGGAUAUUAGUGUCGGCGAGCAAUCGGAUAUCAUGUUGCCAGAUUGGUCGAUUGAAACCGAAGAAGAAUUUGUAGUCGACACUAAGCAACAACAACAACAAGAGAAGAUCAGCAAUAGCACCCAACAGCGUGAUAAAGAGGAACCCAAACUUCAUGAGGAUGAGGAUGAGGAUGAGGAUGAUGCUAGGAAACGACAACAAGGAAAACAAGAUCAAGAAAAACAACAUGAACCACCAAAGAAGAAACAGGAAGAGGAUAAUGAGAAGGAAGCAGAUCAACCAAAACAACACAAGCCAGCAGAGAAGAAACAAGACCAAGAUGAUAAAAAGCAGCAUGAUUUAUUGGAGAAAGAGCAGCCAUCUACAAUACAGCCUAGUCAUGGAAAGCGAGAGCGACCUGAAGAGGAUGACAAAUCACAAGCUCAUGUCAAAAAGCAGGCGAGAAAAGGAAACGAGAAUCAUCAACCACGUGAUGUCAUGCAGAAUGGAUACAAAGAGGAUGUCAAUGCUGUACAACAUGGGAAUGAUUCCGACAAUCAAGGUACAUCGACGAGUGAGGUGCAUGAUCAGCUUGGUACAACAACACAGGAUAGGAUUACCAAAGAGGAAAAGGACGUGCCUGCCAAGUUGGAACAAGAGUCGAGUCAUGUCGCAGAGGAAUCCAAUGUUGAACAGCAUCAAGAAGAAGACCAUCAAGAGGAGAGGAAACAAAACGGAGUACAACAUGGUUUGUUUGACACCGAGGAUGAUCGCACAUUACCGAAACCUUGGCAGUCGAUCGUAUCAAGUCGUGGAUAUGUUUAUUAUUAUAAUACUGAAACUGGGCUGAGCACAUGGGAAAGACCAAAAGCACCACCACCAUCAAUACCAGCACCCCCUGUGGAAGAAGACGACACUACGACAAAAGAGACUUCAUCAUCGCAUACCGAUCAGCAUAAUAAGGAUACUCUUACCACUCCCACCACUAUCACAGUUGCUCCCACAAGCUCCUCUCCAUCAUCGUCAUCAUCCAUAGACAAGGAAAAACAGAGUCAACCUGAAAAGGAAAAGGAAGUGCAUACCGCCAGCAAUCAGCAGCAGCAGCAACAGCAACAGCAACGUGAUGUGGAAAAACCGAUAUCAGCUCCUCGUGAUCCUCGACUUCGCAAAGGAGAAACAGAAAGAAAAAAGUCGCCAACAACAUUGUCGUCGUCGUCUUCGUCUUCUUCAUUGCGUCGAUCGACCAAUGACAGUUCCCUUCGUGAUCGCCCCCAUUCUUCUUCCUCUCCUCGCGCCACCACCCCCACCACCAACGACAAGCGAUAUCGCAAUGAUCGAUAUUACGACCCUUAUUCAUAUCCUCGCUCCCACAUGGAUUCCUAUCGCCCCAACUAUGGCUCUAGAUACAAUUCCUCUUCACGGCGACGAGAUGACUAA